AUGGCCUCCACCGACUUUCAUUUGCGGCGUCUUAUUCAUGAGGCCACCCGGGCGACUGAACAGCAGGCCCAUCAGCUCGUUGACGACGCCUUUGCGAUCAUUGAGGGCAACGCGAGUCGAUUCACAAUCGGAGAGGACUUUGCGCCCGAAUUGCUGGUGAUUUUCGCGGAAGCCGCUUCUGAUCUGGGUGGCCACGAUCCACAAGCAGAACGCGCCCUCGAAUUGUACGAUAGACUAGGCUGUGAAGAUGACCAGUUCAUGGUUCGGGCUUUGCUGGUUCGAUGCCUGUGCGAAGCCCGCCUGGGCACUGAGCGAUAUCGUCUCAAGGGUCAGCAUCUUCUGCAGCAGCUGCAAUAUGUUUUGAAGCAGUACCUCAUGAAGGCGUUGUCGAUCGCGAACGAGACUGGCUGGGCACAAAACGACAGUCGCUAUGGGUUUCUCAUCUACAAUGCAUCCCUGGUAUUCUGGAGCGUAGCUCGGCCAAUGUGCCGCUACGGCUGGCAGCGCCACAUUGUCAACGAGGCCACACAGGUCCUGGACGCCUUAAAGGCUGUCAGGGCUGCCGGUGGCGGUGGCGGGGCGGCUGGAAAGCCCGCCAAAGGCGGGGCAACGGGAGCCGCACUUCCGGUGUCCGUUGAGGUCCCCUGGCUGAUCGAACUGACGCUGAACGUGGCCUUUGGGCUCGAGGAUGCCGGCAAAGAUGCUGAUGCUCAGAAGAAGGCAGAUGAGGCCAGCCUCUUACUAGACGAGUUCCUGAAGGAGCAAGGCUCCACAGCAGAUCCUGCUGCAAUCGAACGGAACUCGCGUCUGCGCCAACUUGUCUGGAAUGCAAGGGCGUAUUUCAGUCGCAAGGCCCCGGGAAAAGUCAAGGACGACAUUGUCAAAGCGGGUGGCAGCGGCGUGAUGGCAACUGCGCUUUUUGUGUGCAACGGUGGGAUUUCGGGGGAUGCCGCUGCGGAAGAACUCAUCAAAGCGUGGUCCAGCAUUGACGACUACGAUUUGCGAGGUGCACGGGAUGCCUUCUCGCGGAACUCCGUGAGCGGGAAGGCCGGAAAGGACGGGGGCGUGGUUCGAGGUGUCAAGCCCCAGGCGUUGCAAGAUCUGGCCAUGGCGGUGAGGGCGGCCUGUUGCGCCAAGCAGUGGCCGCUGGCGCUGUGUAUGGUGGCGCGCCUGGAGAAGUUUCAGAUGCCCCCCGGGCGUGGACGCAUCUACCUGGACCUUGCCAAGGCCGAGUGUGAGGUGUGGCAGGCUUGCAAUGUGAAGAAGGAGGACCCCGUCUCCAAGAUGCUGCUCUCCGCGCCGGAGCAAGAGAAGCGGGAAAUCGAGACGCGGCACCGCUCGGUAAAGCUGGUGGAGCAGUGCAUCAUGAUUGCGAGGCGGAUCGAAGCUUUUGACUUGGUCGAGGAGUGUGCCGUGGUGAUGUGGAAUAUCUCACGGGAACUCAUGUCUGAGCAGAACCGAUAUCGAGUCCACAAGCCUCUCCAAAAGUGCGCUGAGCUCUUGGAGGAGAUGCAGUCCAACCGCUUGGUGCCGCUCCGAGUACAGCUGCACUUCGAGGUUGCGCAUUGCGAGGUGGCCUCGGAUUUGCUCACCAAGGGCGCUGGCGAGUAUCAAAAGGCGGACACCUUGGACUAUACCGCCAUCGAUCCUGAGCUGCCGGACAAGGUGCGCCAGACCCUCAGUGAGGACGCCCUAAGAGAUCCGGCGCCCUUCCUGCGGCGCUUCGAUGAGGUCACUGAGGAUCACCUGAACUUGCUGCACUGGAAGACCAAUUUGUAUGAGGAGCCCAGUGAUGUUGCGGACGAAGUCAUGCUGGUCCUUGACCAGGUGGCGAAGGUGAAAGGAGCUAAGAAUGACAAGGGGGAGGUGCUUCCCCUUUCCGAGGAGAAGAAAAGAUUGAACUACAAUUUGCUGGUCCAAGCCUUUGAGAAGUUAGAAGUUGAGUUGGAGGCCUUGAUUGGGAACGACCGGCUGCAGACCUUGAAGGAUACUUUUGAGCCGCCUCCGCCGCAUAUCACCGGCCCGGAUCCGCUGAAGGCUCUCCCCUUCCAGGCCCCGGCCACCGUCUUCUCCAGCGCCGAGAUCGAUGGCAAGGCCAUCGUGGACAAGCGCCCCGUCAGCGAGAAGGAGGAGGCGAUCCUGAAGGCGAAGCGCAUCGUGAGGCUGAUGUGCCACUGCGGCCUGGAGGCCAAGCGCACAGAAGAGGGCAUCUUCGCAGUGAAGGUCUGCAGCAAGGCCAUGCAAACUGCGGAGGAGAUGACUUUUGGUCCGGCACCCACAGAGGUGGAGACUGCACUGCUGCUGACAGCGGCUGCGUACACCAAAGCGCAAUGUCUUUCGUGGGACAUUGAAGAUCAAGGCCUACUGAACGGCAUUGAUGAAGAGAUUGAAGAGGAAAAGGAGGAGGGUGAGCCUGAAGAGAUCCUUCCCGAUCCAGAUGAGGAGGAACAGGAAGAGCUUCCGAAGUUGACCGCGGAAGAGAAGGCUGCCCUGUCUGAGAAGAAGCGAGAAAUCAUCAGAAACCUCCUGUACGGUAUGGCGAAGAGCUAUGAGUUCGGCCAGUACUGGAUGGUAUCAAAUGGACUGGUGCAUUUCUGGAAUUUGCAUCUGGACAUGGUGGCUACCAGUCGAGAGAUCCCUGCGCUACUGAAGAGAACCCUGCAGGAGUACAGAGAUGCCUUGAAAGAAGUGCAGAAAUAUCUCACUGGCCCCACAGCUCUGCAAGACAGUGAGUUCAAGCAGGAGCUCUCAACCAAUCUCACGCUGGCUCACAUCAAUGGAAACGUGGCGGUGGGCAACUUGGAGGUGCUGGAAACCGCCAAUUUGCAGGUGCUGAAGCGUUUGGGCGCUUGCCAGCGCAAGGAGAUCAUGGCACGGGUGGUGCAGCUUUGCAAGGAGCACGAGAAGGCCUCCCCAGAUUUGGCGCAGCUGCGGCCUGCGCAGGCCGGGGCUGCGGCGGCGGCGCCGAAGGGCGGCAAGGGAGGACCCGCAGAAGUGGCAGACCCAACAAGCUUGCAGGGCAAUGAGGUAGACAUCAUGGUGGCUGUCAUGAGUAUGCCCAAAGCGAAGGACGCCGAGGAAGCGCGAAAGUUGGUUGACCAGGCUGUCGCCAUGCUGCAGAAGUGGACACCUGCCGCAAAUGACGAGGCCAUGCUUAUUCUUUGGGUGGAGCUUUGGACAAGGCUGGGUCGCCAGUGCUUGAAGCCGCCCAUGAAUCCCAACAUUGGCGCCAAGUACGCCUUGAUGUGCACCAUCCAGGGCUUGGGCAAGGUGGAUGCACCGAUCCCCAAGUAUGCAUCGCCAGAGCUGCUUCGAUGGCGCGGCGCAUGCCAUGCGCUCUGUGGAGAAGUCUUCGCGUCACUGAUCAAUCCGCUGGAGCAGGAGAAGGAAAGCCUGGCCAAGCUCAGGCGAAUGUCGGUGGAGCAGUUCGAGCGAUGCUGUGAGUAUGCCAUUGCGACUGGCAACCAUGCUUUGGCCAGCUUCGGAGCUAGUGCCCUGUGGAACGUUUCCCUGCCGUUUAUGCACUCUGCAGAGACCAGGGCGCAGCUGAUUGAACCAUUUUCAAAGGCGACACGAGCAUUGGCAGCUGUAAAGUAUGCAGAAGACCCGUUCUUCUUUGCAGCUUUGUAUGCUGCCCUUUACGACUGCUAUGCAGACCAGCAUCAAUGGGACCAUAUCCACGAGAUGCUGAAAGACGCCUUUGCAAAUGUACCAGCGUCCAGCCAUCGUCGGCUUUGGGCGCUCCGCAUGCUGGCGCUGAGCCACCAGGGCAAGAAUGUGACGGUGGCGAUGGGGAAGAUGAAGGAGAGUCAAGCAAAGGCCCAGGCCAAUAUUUGGAUGGUUCUGGUGGGCGCUAGCUCGCAGCUCAAAGACCAGAUCAAUGCCUUCAGCAAGGCCAUGAAUGUGCUUCAGGCGGCCAUGCAGCCCGAAGUGGUUGAGGUGAGGAUGGCUUUUGCUGACUGGCUCUUGCGAAAUGGUUUCCCUAUCUCCGACGCCUUGGAGCAGUUGGGCGUUGCCUCCGACAUGUUGCUGGACAUCGAAGAAGGCUCCGAGGACGAAGACGAGGACGAUGUGGGCGCCGACGCGUGGUUCUACGGGGGCGGCGGGGAGGGAGCUGGCAACAACGACGACGACGGCGGCAGCUCUGUGGCGCCCUCCGACUGGGACAAGAGCGAGUCUCGCUUCGGCAGCCGCAAAGGCGGAAGCCGGGCUGGCAGCCGACUGGGCGGCAGCAGCCGUGCCGGCAGCCGCAAGUCUGGAGGAAGCAAAGCUGGCAGCAAAGCUGGGAGCAAAGCUGGAAGCCAAAGCAGCCGCAUGUCGAAAAAGAAGAAGAAGGGCGGGAAGAGCCGGAGCGUCACAGGCAAAAGCUCCAUGGGCGGCUCCCGCGCCGGCAAGAGUUCCAGAGCAGGCUCCAGGGCGGGCUCCAGGGCGGGCUCCAGGGCCGGAUCGCGAGCAGGGUCGCGUGCUGGAUCUCGGGCAGGAUCGCGAGCAUCCAAGAGAAGUGCCAGUGUGGCAGCGAAGUCCAAGAAGCAGCAGAAGCAGGAUGAGGAUGAUGAGGUGGAAAAUGAGCUCUAUGCUCACAACUUCGAGGCAUUAUGCCGCAUUCACAGUAUGCGAGCGCAGCUCGCCCACGGUCGAGAAGUUCAUACAGCACUUCAAGCAGCAUCUCACUUUGGGGUGCGUUUCUUCGAGGUGUCCAUUGAGCUGGCCAACAGCUUCGCACAGGAGCUUCACAACAAGAUGAUCAAGGAGCCCCCCGAGGUCUCGGACGAGGCCAGCGAUGCUGGCAAGCUUGCGAGCGAUGGUGGCAAGCUCGCCAAAAAGGAGGAGAAAGAGCCCAUCCACCUGUGCCCCAGCUUCAGCUUGCCGUUGCGUUUGGCGGACUGGGCGGACUUCGACGCGUGGCCCUGGCGAAGUGCGACGCUGCCGGAGGUCUUCAAAAGGGCAGAGGCCCAAGGCCUGGCGUGGAGCAGCGCUACGUACCUGGGCCACGCUGAGGUCUUCGCCAGGCCCCAGGUGUCCUUCUUCACGCUUUUGCUCUUGGAAGACGACCUGGAGGAGCAUGGGUACCACCUGUUGGCGCUGCCGAUUUUGGCGCUGCACUGCCAGCUGGGCACGGCCUUCGAGAGCGGCCCGGUGCAGCUGGCAGUGCAGUGCACCGCCAAGCUGCGGCUCAGCCGCUUCGCGGCCCAGUGCCGCCUCCGGACAGCCGCCCAGAAGCUCCGAGAAGAGGUGGCCAAGGACUUGGAAAGCAUCCCGGAGACCUUCUCCUCCUUCAAGGAGGAGCUGGAGCAGGUUCGGAGCCAGCGUGCGGGCCGCAAAGGUGCGGAGGCGCCGGACCCACCGUGGCUGGGCGUGCUGGACGGAGCCAAGAACGAGCGGCGGGUGGCCUGUCCCUGGCAGAUCGGGACGCUGUACGCCUACCAAGUCUGGGCGGAGCUCAGCAAGGAGUGUCUGCUGAAUGCGGAGCUGUGGAUGGCGUGCACGUUGUCCAACGAGGCGAUGCGCCACGCCAAGGUCCACGGCGACGGGCGCACGCUGCGAGACUUGGCGCUGACCCGCGCGAAGAUCGCCAUGGAGGAGGGGAACCACUGCGAGGCCAUCCGCACGCUGCGAGAGCUCUCCGCCGCGGAUUUGCGGCAGACCACGGAGGCGGCGCUGCUGCUGGCGGACGCCUACGAGGCACGGAAGCAGCAGCUGCCGGCGCAGGAGAUCUUUCAGGAGACGCAGCGGGCGCUGGCCUUCGCAUCCCCGGAAGCCAAGAAAAAGAAGGUGAAAGGAUCCGUCGGGGGCUCCACCUUUAACCCGGAGAAGAGUGAGGAGCUGUCGGUUUUGAGCUCCAAGCAAGUGCUGGCGCAGUGCAGCAUUGCCACUCGGCAGCUGCGCUCAGAGCUUCUGCGGCUCACAAAGUCUCAGAGCUCCAAAGAAUGGCUGCAGGACAUGCAGAUGGCCUUUGAUCGGCAUUUGCACAUCGGGCAGGAGCUUCUGGCUGCCAGCUUUCACCGGCGCCACGUGGCGGAGUGCCUGGAGUUCCUGGAGCUCAUGUGCCCGUUGCUGGAGUGCAGGGAGAUGGAUCUCACCAGAGACCCCCAGAACUCCGCGGCCUCCUAUGAGAAGCUGGAGGAGUACGUGACGCGCAGUGUCGCGGCCAUCUCCGCGGUGCGGAGCUCUUGUGACGCGCUGCUCAGCUCGCUGCCGGUGGAGGGGGUGGAGCAGGAGGCCGCGCUGCCGGCGGAGAUCCUGGUGGCCAGGCUGGAGGUCUGGGAGGCGCGGAUCCUGGCGCUGAGGCGCGGCUUCGCGGCCAACGCCAAGAACCACCGCCGCUUGCAGCGCCAGCGCAUGAAGUUCAUGCAGGACCCCAGGAACCCCCCCCUCUUCGCCGUGGGCCGCAAUGAGGGAGGCAAAUUCGGGGGCUUGUUGACGACUCAUGGCAGUCAUUCCGCAAGAGCCACCAGCAGCAUUGUGGAUGACCAAGAUCGAGUUGAACGCUGGCUGAAGCUUGUCGAUGAACAGAUCACCGAAGAGGAGAAGAUGUCCAACUAUGCUCGUGAUAUGUCUGAAGUUGAAGACUCCUUGGCCAAGGUGUCAAAUGCAGUUUCUCUCCUGGAGCUUGCGGUUCGCACGGAAGAGAAAGAGGUCGAGGCCCAGCCUGGCGAAUAUCCCCGCUUCUGGUCAGAGGCCAAGGCCGAGCUGGGCAGACUUCAGCUGGAGCUCUCGGCGCGACAAGCCACGUUGGUGCGGAGUGCGGGGAAGAACUUGGACGACGACCCCCCGGUGUCCGCUGCCAACGCAGCCUGGGACGCGGGGCAGGACACGGAGGUGCACGGCAUGAAAGCUGGCGAGCGGUACAGCAACAAGCUCAACGGGCUAGAUCCUAGUCAGGUCUUCCAACCAGAGGCCGAGGAAGGAGAAGCGGAAGUGGCGGAGGAAGACGCUGAGGAGGAAGGCCUAUUGAACUUCACAGACUUUGCUCGGAGCACACUGUGCGAGGCGGCGUCCAGUGCCUUGGCGACCCAGAACCUUCCAGCGGCUCAGCGCGCCUUCGAGGUGCUGGGAUGCCAGGCCUAUGGGUUGCGCUGCCCCAUGGCAUCCUUUGAGUUCCUUUGCUGGCUGCAGAGCACUGAAGUCUGCAUGCGGGAGGAGAGAGUCUUCAAGGAGACGCUGCCAGAAGACCAUGACGAACGUGUUCAGCUCCACUUAUUGAGAAGCCUGGAGCAGCGGUGGCCCUUCCCUGAAGAGCUGGACGCGUACAAGGCGAUCAAACAGCGGAUGGAGAUGGAGUCGCCCUUCUUCCGACGUAUGCAGCUGGACAAGCUGCCAUCAAUCGAAGAAAUCCUGCUUUCUCAUCUACCCGCGCUCACGCUUGUGGUGUCUCUGCAAUUCCGUGGCAACUUUGUUUUCUUGGCAGCAGUUUGCACACCUUCCGAGACCGGAGAUCGAGCAGACCGCGUAUCACAAAUGCAUCCCUUGACAGCAAGACACACCGUGGUUCCGGAAGAGGUGCAAGGAGCCAUCAGCCGAAUCCAGGGUAUCAGAAGUCAGUUGGAGAAGCAAUUGUUGACAUCCCCAGAGCCAGACCCACAGUUGCAGGAGAACUUGCAAGCCACGGUCAAGGAAGUGGAGACACACCUGGUGGAGCCGCUGUCCCGACGAUUGGAGGCGAGUUUUUGGCCAUGUCAAGUGCAUGCCGAACUCUCAGCAAGCCCCAACCCUCGGCAGAUGCUACUGCUGCCAGACGCUGCCCUUAGCACCUUGCCGUUCGAGACCAUGGACUCCAUGCUCCGGCUCUUUGGGAAUCCUGACAGCCUAUGCAGGGACCACUCCCUACACAUGCUGGCCAAGCGGGUGCGAGACACCAUGGAGGUCUUGGAGAGCUCGGCAUUGAAGGUGCCUUUGCAGGGCUUCAAGUCGAAGAGUACGACUUUCCUGGACAAGGCCUAG